AUGUGGCUAAUAGACACGUCUACAUUGAAGUUGAACUUCGUGACGGAGGCUGAGAAGGGCUCUUAUGCUGUAUUAUCUCAUACUUGGGGAGAAAAUGAGGUUACCUUCGAGCAGUUUCGCAGCUUCGACCCAAGGUCCCUAGACGACGCGUGCCAACAGACUCGCUUUGUCAAGAUCACCAAGACGUGUGAGCUCGCAGCCCAGCAUGGCUUAUCAUAUGCUUGGAUUGACACCUGCUGCAUUGACAAGUCAUCCAGUGCAGAGCUCUCGGAAGCUAUCAACUCCAUGUUCAGAUACUACCAGGAUGCUGCUUUCUGUAUAGCUUUCAUAUCUGAUCUCUCCGGCCCAUCUGACCCCGCGACUCAAGGUCCCGAUUUUGGGAAUCAGUUUCCCCAUUGCCGGUGGCUGACACGGGGUUGGACCCUUCAGGAGAUGAUCGCACCCCCUCAAGUUUUCUUCUUCGACUCAACCUGGACAUUCAGGGGAUCCAAACAUGACUGGAAGGGGCUCCUAUCGAAAGCGACUGGUGUAGGCGAGGCUGUAUUGGAUAACCAAAUGGAACUACGAUUUGUUCCGGUAGCACAGCGAUUCUCAUGGGCUUCAAAGCGGCAGACCACCAGGAUAGAGGAUAUGGCAUAUUGCCUUCUAGGUAUCUUCAAUGUCAACAUGCCUUUGAUCUAUGGGGAAGGUCGAAGGGCAUUCAUCAGGUUACAAGAAGAAAUCGCGAAGGAGUCAUACGACUUAUCUCUAUUCGCUUGGCAGCAACUAGAUUAUUCCCAAAACUACAGAGGAAUAUUGGCAAGGUCUCCAGAAGAGUUCUACCAUUGUGGAGAAAUGAAACACCGCAUAAAAGGUGCCAUCUUCCCCACUGAGUUCACUCUCACAAAUAGGGGUCUUCGUAUCGAAACCGCAGCAAUGGUGAGCGUCCCAACUGCUAGUCACGACUUUAUAUGGAACCUAGGUUUUUCGUACCGUGAUGAUUGGCCUAUAAAUACGUCCCUGGGUUGGCUAGGAAUCUACCUGGCUAAAACUCAAGAUGGGUUUGUUCGUGCCAGACCUAGUGAGCUAUUCCAAGCUGGCUCGCAGACACGUAUCAGGUGCCCAAUGAGGCUGAUGCACAUACGAAAGACGGUGGACGUUUCUGAAUCACUUGAGAUAGACAGAAGGUUCGAGCGGGCCAUAAAGGUUAUAUUGCACCAAGCCCUCUCGUGGCCACAAUUCAUCACGUUGGAGGCUUUUGUGCCAGAGGCACUUUGGGUCGAGAACGAAGCCGCUUUCCUGCACCAAGGCCGAGGAAUAAAUGCAUAUAUUCGAGGCAAAGUCGGUCUAUCUGAAGCGAACCUCGAACCCAUCAUUCUCGCAUGUUCAACUAUGGACACUCCCAUAUGUGCUAUCUGGGAUUCUCACGACCGUUGGUGGGCUGAGCUUGACGCCUUUCUGAAUAUAAGCAAUGAGAGAACAGAUUUCGUUGCCGCGGACUAUUUGAGGGCUCAUUUCCCCUAUCAGGAACUUUCGUCAAAAGCGGUCAAGAAUUUUGAAGUACAGGAACUGAAAGAGUGUACUUCUAACGAGGGCGAAUUGCGCUUCAUCUGGCAGAUUAAUGCACUGCCACAUCACCAGCUUGGGCAUCAGGGUAGAGCAGUCACAAUAUCAACACGGAGAGUUACCUCAUGGCCAACUAACUAG